GGAAGUGAAGUUGUUGUUGAGGGGGACUGUAGUCGAAGCCGCACGGUCAGACUCUCAGAGAAGCCAAAGGAGAAUAAAUGUUGGAGGAACAGAUGGCUGCCGACAUCAGUUUGAGGGUAAGUUCAUCAUCUGUCCUGGAAACCACAUUUAGUCUCGUUCAUGCACCGAACUGUGAUCGGAUUAGUACAGCAGAACUUCGCGCCACACAUUCGACCACAGAGGAACCAUCACCGCGCAUGCUCAGUCCGCUGUCUGUGCUAGUGUUAGCCGCCGGUACCUGUGUUCGUUCAUAGUAGAGGAGAAUAAUUUAACUUUACCGUCAAAUAUCAUCCUGGACUCUUAAUAAAUCGGUUUGACCCGGUUAACCGGAGUUUUAAACUUCUUUAAAAACACACGAGAGAGUGACCGAGUUCACAGUAGCGUCCGAAAAGAGUCACAGUGUGGGGAGGUCAGAGGAUGACAUUUUUCGGGUAUUCCCGUGGUUCACGUGAUUCCCGCGGGAAUCCCACGGGAUGGGAGUCAUUUUUUAAUUAAUCCCGUGAUCGGGACGGGACGGGGGAAAAAAGCAACGGGAGUGGGCAGGAGUGGGAACAACAUUAAUAGAUGAUCAUUUUAAGCCGUAUUAAACAACCAGACAAACAGACGCGUCCAUUUUUGUUGUCAUCUCUCAAUGAGAGCCAACACUCUUGACCGCGCUAGCAACACAAAAAAGAACUACAACAGUGGUUUGACAUCCUGUCAGCCGGGUGCGCGGCUGCGCAUUUCUACCCUUCAAGCCAGGAGCGCGGAUACGUCAUUUUGUGACAUUCUGUAGUUUUUUAAUCAUUUCUGGAAUCGUGGCGAAUCAAAUCACCUUACCCGUCUGCCUCUGAUAGGCGAAUAAAGCGCUCGGAUUCAUGCCCAGAUCUUGCUACGUGCUUCAUGAGUAAGGCGAUCAACGACGGAGGCAGAGAGCAGCUUCGGAGGAGAAGCAGCCAGUAGUGUGAACAACCUCUUUAUCUGGAGUGCUUUGGUUCAAACUAUCAGUGUUUUCUGUGAGUGUUGCAUGACUUUGGGUGAGCACAGACAUGAAUACACUGUCAACUAGUGCUGGGCGAUAGGACGAUAGAUAUCGUGGGCAGGAUAGAAAAUGUCUAUCGUGCCGUUUCUAUUUUUCGUUUCGAGCGAUAGGCUGUAUUUUAUCCAUAGGGCUUGUGCCAUCAGAUGAUUCAUAGUAACAACAACAAUAAUUGCACAUUCAGUAAGUGUAUUUGGUGUCGAACGGGAAAGAAAACAAUAUUUUCUUACAAAGAAAAGGAUGCGUUGACAUGUAGGCUCGCAUUUCUCUUUCGAUUUUGCGACAUGACGCCGCUUUACGUGCCCUCUUCGCGUCCAGCGUCUCCCGCCGUUGCGGGUUUCCUGGGUUACACACGUGAGGGGAUCAUUGUAAGCAGUGCAUAAUUUGUGCCGGAGCAAGCCGGAGCGCGCUCCGGGACCUCUUUUGAUCGGAUCCGGGACCUAUUUCAGCCGCUUCGGCACCUGUUUCAUCUGCUCCGGGACCUUCCCUGUAGAGGAUGACAUUUUUCGGGAAUUCCCGUGGGUCACGUGAUUCCCGCGGGACUUCCACGGGAUGGGAGUCAUUUUUUAAUUAAUCCCUUGAUCGGGACGGGACGGGAAAAAAAGCAACGGGAGUGGGCAGGAGCGGUAACAACAUUAAAAGAUGAUCAUUUUCAGCUGUGUUAAACAACCAGAUGAACAGGUGCGUCCAUUUUUGUUGUCAUCUCUCAGUGAGAGCCAACACUCUUGACCGCGCUAACAACACAAAAGAACUACAACAGUGGUUUGACUUCCUGUCAGCUGGGAGCGCGGCUGCGCAUUUCUACCCUUCAAGCCAGGAGCGAGGAGACGUAAUUUUGUGACAUUCUGUAGUUUUUCAAUCAUUUCUGGAGUCGUGGCGAAUCAAAUCACCUUACCUGUCUGCCCCUGAUAGGCGAAUAAAGCGCUCGGAUUCAUGCUCGGGUCUUGCUACGUGCUUCAAGAGUAAAGUAAACAGCAACGGAGGCAGAGAGCAGCUAUGGAGGAGAAUCAUCCAGCAGUGUGAACAACCUCUUCAAAAGAGCCCUAAAGACCUACCUUUUUAAUAAAACCUUUGGUUAGCUUUCCUCUAUGCUUUUACUACCUUGCCUCUUACAUUGCAACUCUAUAUUCUUUAUUUUUUUUAUUCCUUGCUUUUUUUUUAUGCCAAUCUGUGACUGUCAUUCUAUUGCUUUUUUUUUAUUGUUGCUGCUCUUUUUUUACUGUGCACUGUAGCACUUUGAGAUUUUUUGUAAAUGUAAAGUGCAUUACAAAUUAAAUUUAUUAUUAUUAUUAUUAUGGAGUGCUUUGGCUCACACUAUCAGCGUUUUCUGUGAGUGUUGCAUAACUUUGGGUGAGCACAGACAUGAACGCACAACAGCCACGUAUUUAUUUAUUCAUUUUUCUAGUUUUAAGUGCUGGUCUUGUACUGGCACUGUAUUAGGGCAGCUGUAUACACUUUAAUUUUUCAUAGAACUGAAAGCAUACCAUAGCUAUAUCGUGGUAUAUUGUUAUCGUGAUAUAAAAUGAUCCAUAUCGUGAUAUACAUUUUUUUCCAUAUCGCCCAGUACUACUGUCAACCACGUAUUUAUUUAUUCAUUUUUCUAAUUUUAAGCGCUGGUCUUGUACUGGCACUAUACCAGGGCAGCUGUUUACCCUUUCAACACUUUAUUUUUUAUAUUUACAUUUGUGUUGAAUGGACAGAGAGCAAAUAGUUUAUUAUUCUCCAGUGCAGGGUCUUUACUUUUAUUUAUACAGCCGCUUUAAUUCAUCUAAGUUUGUUUCUUCAAUGUUUUCAAAAGUGUAAUGAAGGUUCUGAAUAUAAUGGAUAGUUUUCUUGAAAGCCACACCCGUAAGCUCUCAAAUACUUUUUGAAUUCUGUUUCUAUUUGCAACAGAGGCUGAGAUAUCAGCUUUUUUGUAAACCUCAACAGUUAAGAAAAACAGGAUUUUUUCUCUGGGAUUGGGACGGGACAGGAGUGAAAAUCCGCUCCCGUGUCAUGCUCUGGAGGUAUGAAGGUAAAAAUCUCUAAAAGUCAGAACAGAACCACAAAAUUAUCUAUACACUCUGAACAAACCAGCACAAUAAUGACUAAUUAAAGAUGCUUUAAUGUUCGAGUUAAACUCAGAGCCGCUCAGGUAUAGUUAAAAAUAACUUACUCGUUAUGGUCAAUAUGAAAAAGGAACCCCAUCUUUUUGACAAAUGCUGGAAUCACUUUAAAAUAUAUUUAUAUUUAUAAUAUUAAUAUAUUUAAAAUAUAUUUCUUAAAAUAUAUAUUUUUAUUGUUAUUCCUGUCGGCCAUUUUGUUUGUUAUUAUUAUUAUUAUUCCGCCAAUUUUCGUCGGCUUUCAACUCCUUCCUACUUUGUGCUAUUUUAACCAGUUAAAACUUUAAACUAUUCCACUCCUUCAGGACACGAGGGCUUGUAUUUGUUACCUAGGCCUGUCACGAUAACAAAUUUUGCUGGACGAUAAUUGUGCUACAAAUUAUUGCUGAUAAACGAUAUUAUUGACACCGUUUUUUAAAUUAUAGAUAAUGAUAAUAUAUGGCAUAAUAAUGCGAGUACACCAUAUCAAAAGCAAUAAACUUUAAUUGCUCAAGAUUAAGAACUUUGAAUUUGGAUGAACAAAUAUAAUAUACAAACAAGACAACCAAAAAACUGGUAUGGAACAAAAAGUUCACUCCACACAUAACUAUUAAAACAAUAAAUAAAGUGUAGUCUUGAGUCUGUAAACAUAAUUGCACUAAAUAAUUAGCUUUGGGUGCUAUUCCUCAACAGGUUAACAAUCAUCCGCGGGGAUGAUUGUGCUUGAGAUGCGCAUGCAUGUUCGUCGUAUUCCCCUUCUUUGUCACCAAAACUUUCGAACAAAUGCGGCAUAUCGUCCGUGUUCGUGGGCUCACCUCUUUCAUUUUAUUUGAAACCGAAAUGUUCCCACACUGGGGCUGUUGCGUUGGGCUUAGACACCAAAGUUGUCGUUUCAUCAUUCAUUGCGUUUGCUCCGCACUGUGUCAGUAAGUCUCUGUGUGUGUGUGUGUGUGUGUGUGUCUGUGUGCGUGUGUGCGCCAGCGCGCGUGACAAAGAGACUGAAUGACUGACAGGAGGGUUCACUCACUGUGUUCAUUCCGCUAUAGAGCCAACGCACCCAAGUGUCGAGAAAAAUGCGCAGAGUGAGACUUCUUCUCUCAUCCAGCGUGUUUGGUAGCGAGAGAGGAUCCGCUCAGGUAUAGUUAAAAAUAACUUACUCGUUAUGGUCAAUAUGAAAAAGGAACCCCAUCUUUUUGACAAAUGCUGGAAUCACUUUAAAAUAUAUUUAUAUUUAUAAUAUUAAUAUAUUUAAAAUAUAUUUCUUAAAAUAUAUAUUUUUAUUGUUAUUCCUGUCGGCCAUUUUGUUUGUUAUUAUUAUUAUUAUUCCGCCAAUUUUCGUCGGCUUUCAACUCCUUCCUACUUUGUGCUAUUUUAACCAGUUAAAACUUUAAACUAUUCCACUCCUUCAGGACACGAGGGCUUGUAUUUGUUACCUAGGCCUGUCACGAUAACAAAUUUUGCUGGACGAUAAUUGUGCUACAAAUUAUUGCCGAUAAACGAUAUUAUUGACACCGUUUUUUAAAUUAUAGAUAAUGAUAAUAUAUGGCAUAAUAAUGCGAGUACACCAUAUCAAACGCAAUAAACUUUAAUUGCUCAAGAUUAAGAACUUUGAAUUUGGAUGAACAAAUAUAAUAUACAAACAAGACAACCAAAAAACUGGUAUGGAACAAAAAGUUCACUCCACACAUAACUAUUAAAACAAUAAAUAAAGUGUAGUCUUGAGUCUGUAAACAUAAUUGCACUAAAUAAUUAGCUUUGGGUGCUAUUCCUCAACAGGUUAACAAUCAUCCGCGGGGAUGAUUGUGCUUGAGAUGCGCAUGCAUGUUCGUCGUAUUCCCCUUCUUUGUCACCAAAACUUUCGAACAAAUGCGGUAUAUCGUCCGUGUUCGUGGGCUCACCUCUUUCAUUUUAUUUGAAACCGAAAUGUUCCCACACUGGGGCUGUUGCGUUGGGCUUAGACACCAAAGUUGUCGUUUCAUCAUUCAUUGCGUUUGCUCCGCACUGUGUCAGUAAGUCUCUGUGUGUGUGUGUGUGUCUGUGUGCGUGUGUGCGCCAGCGCGCGUGACAAAGAGACUGAAUGACUGACAGGAGGGUUCACUCACUGUGUUCAUUCCGCUAUAGAGCCAACGCACCCAAGUGUCGAGAAAAAUGCGCAGAGUGAGACCUCUUCUCUCAUCCAGCGUGUUUGGUAGCGAGAGAGGAGGAAAACAAACGCACGUUAAUUAUCGAGGCUGGCAAAAUUACUGACCUCAUUUUUAUUUACAGAGCGAUGAGGCGAUUUAUUGAUUAUCGCGACAGGCCUAUUGUUACCUUAUUACCCUUUAUACUUUUUGUUUUUUUUCUUCACUUUUUGUGCCAAAAUUUUAACAUUGGAGUCAAUGGGGAAAUCUUCCAAUUCUUCCUUUUAUUCUUCAACCUUCUGAGCCUUAUAAUUUCAGCAUACUUUCACCUACAGACCUCAUUCUUGCUUUAAAAUGUUCAUUAACUUGUCAACUAUUAACGCUGUGUUCCUUUUUUUGACAUCUUUUACAGUUUUCCCACAAUUUAGCUUUAAGCAACUCAUGGUUUUCAGCAAAUUUCAGGCUUUAUAAUGGGUGUGUAUUGGAAGAGCUAGAGUGAUGAUGUCAUAGCUAGAGUGGAGAGCUCCUCUUUUAUCGACAAAACCUAGCUCGGAUAUAUCGCUCCCACGCCCACAAAUUUCACUCCACAGCCAUAAAAAUACAUCAAAAUGGAGGAAAAUAAGUCCUGCUUCUCACAAAAGAGCUUUCAAAUCAUUAAAUGGUACCCCUUGGCCAGCAGGUGACCAACUGUCCAAAAAGGCAGAGAUUUCUCCCAUUGACCCUUAUGUAAUUUUUCUCCCAGAAAAUCCUAAACAUCACUCAGGCUCAGACCUGUUUAUCUCACUGUUGUGACCACAUUUUCUGAGAGUACAAACAUGAAAAACACAUCAUCGUGUUCAUGAGGGGUGGAGGAUUCGUACGAUGUUCUCAUUUUCUUUCUGGGAUUUAAGGAAAUCACGCUAUGUGAAGAAGUUCAGAGGCCCUAAAUCCACUGUAGUUAGGCAGCUUCUCAGUCAAACAGUAGGUCAGUUAAUGCCUUUGAUCUCACAGCUGUAAAGGAUGCAAUCAUUAACAAGACACACACACGCACACACACUCUGACAAUGUGUGUGUGUUAGUCUCUCUCCGUCUAUGAGACCUACAGGUACACACAGUAGUUAUGUGUCUGCUUCACCACCUAUCUCCACCCACAAACUUUGAGCUACAGAAACCAUUCUGGGCUUAAAAAAUUCAGCUUAUCGAGGACAGUUUGGGGUGUUUUAAGGGUUGUGAUAAUAAAUUGUAUUAAUGUGUUCAGCAGAGUCUUGUGGUUCUCACAAGCUCCUUAUCAUGAAUAUAUAUACAGAGAUUGACCAUCAGGGCCGAGUUGGAGAGCUAUUUCCUCAGCUUUAAGCCUCCUCUCUCCUGCUGCAGUGACACAUCUUCCUUCGCCAUGGCAACCAAUUAGUGCACCUGGAGACACACAGCUGACUGGAAAGCUGCUUCUAACGGCCAUAUUAGACACAUAAAGCCAGGCUCAGUACACAGAGCACUAGGGGUUACAUUUAAAACCCUUCACCAGAGCACUUGACAAACUUUGGCCCCUAUCUCCUACCACAAACUUUGAGCUACAGAAACCAUUCAGGGCUCCAAAAAUGUAUUCAGGAUUUUUAUUCAUUUAAAUUUUCCCCACUUUCAAUGUAAUCCCGUUAUUAAUACAUUAGUCAAUUCUUCAGACAAAUUUAAACUCAUUCAAACCUUUUUAAUACUUCAAACUUGUCUAAUACUUGAGGAUUUUUAAUUAUUCAAUUUUUUUUCAUUUUAAAAUCAUUCUCAUUAUUUAUGCAUUAUUUAACUCUUCAAACAGAUUCUCAGAUUUACUACUACAACUACUACUAAUAUCACUAAUAUUACUACUACUACAACUACCUAUUAUCAUACUACUUCUAGUUAAGGCUGCACGAUAUUGGAAAAAACUAACAUUGCGAUUUUUUUCAACCCUGCGAUAUACACUCACCGGCCACUUUAUUACACCAUGCUAGUAACGGGUUGGACCCCCUUUUACCUUCAGAACUGCCUCAAUUCUUCGUGGCAUAGAUUCAACAAGGUGCUGGAAGCAUUCCUCAGAGAGCUUGGUCCAUAUUGACAUGAUGGCAUCACACAGUUGCCGCAGAUUUGUCGGCUGCACAUCCAUGAUGCGAAUCUCCCGUUCCACCACAUCCCAAAGAUGCUCUAUUGGAUUGAGAUCUGGUGACCGUGGAGGCCAUUUGAGUACAGUGAACUCAUUGUCAUGUUCAAGAAACCAGUCUGAGAUGAUUCCAGCUUUAUGACAUGGCGCAUUAUCCUGCUGAAAGUAGCCAUCAGAAGUUGGGUACAUUGUGGUCAUAAAGGGAUGGACAUGGUCAGCAACAAUACUCAGGUAGGCUGUGGCGUUGCAACAAUGCUCAAUUGGUACCAAGGGGCCCAAGGAGUGCCAAGAAAAUAUUCCCCACACCAUGACACCACCACCACCAGCAUGAACCGUUGAUACAAGGCAGGAUGGAUCCAUGCUUUCAUGUUGUUGACGCCAAAUUCUGACCCUACCAUCCGAAUGUCGCAGCAGAAAUCGAGACUCAUCAGACCAGGCAACGUUUUUCCAAUCUUCUAUUGUCCAAUUUCGAUGAGCUUGUGCAAAUUGUAGCCUCAGUUUCCUGUUCUUAGCUGAAAGGAGUGGCACCCGGCGUGGUCUUCUGCUGCUGUAGCCCAUCUGCCUCAAAGUUCGACGUACUGUGCGUUCAGAGAUGCUCUUCUGCCUACCUUGGUUGUAACGGGUGGUUAUUUGAGUCACUGUUGCCUUUCUAUCAGCUCGAACCAGUCUGGCCAUUCUCCUCUGACCUCUGGCAUCAACAAGGCAUUUCCGCCCACAGAACUGCCGCUCACUGGAUAUUUUUUCUUUUUCGGACCAUUCUCUGUAAACCCUAGAGAUGGUUGUGCGUGAAAAUCCCAGUAGAUCAGCAGUUUCUGAAAUACUCAGACCAGCCCUUCUGGCACCAACAACCAUGCCACGUUCAAAGUCACUCAAAUCACCUUUCUUCCCCAUACUGAUGCUCGGUUUGAACUGCAGGAGAUUGUCUUGACCAUGUCUACAUGCCUAAAUGCACUAAGUUGCCGCCAUGUGAUUGGCUGAUUAGAAAUUAAGUGUUAACGAGCAGUUGGACAGGUGUACCUAAUAAAGUGGCCGGUGAGUGUAUAUUGCGAUAUUAAAAAUACAGGAAUUUUCACCAGAUGACCUGAAUAGCAUUUAAUGUUAUACUGCACUGCUGAAAUCUUGAGGACAGUUAAUCUGCUCUGAUCUUACCUCUUUUUGUGAAUGUUAGUAGAAUGGCUUCUGUCUGUCUCAGAGAUAUUUUUAGCUUUUAUUGUGCUGGGACGUUAUUGUGGCGACAGAUGAACACAGAACACGUGUUUUGGUCGCCAUCAUCCUUCUAUUAACCGAAAUAAUUCCAGAUAACUGACUUUCCUUUUCUUUUUGGCAACAAAUCUUCAUUUUCGGUGGUUUUCGCUUGUUCCUUGCUCAUUUUGAGAUCGUUGUUGUUGUUGUGCCGAGAAACGCAUGUCCUCCAAGAAUUGCAUGCACCUCGCAAAACGCGCACCGCUUACAGUAGAGUGGUCCACGGAAAUGUACAAUUUAAAACCCAUACAGUUCUUAUUUGUUGGGCUUAACAGUCAUGAGUAAAGUUCCGAAAGUAAUUCUCAGCGGACACACGUCUCCCUCCAUGUGCAGAACAUGUGCAGGGGUGGGUUUCCUCCUCUCUGAUUUUGAUUGACAGCUGGCAGGGUAGUCUGAUUGGCAACUGAGAAGUGAGUCUGAUUGGCAACUGAGUUAAGGACGAAGGUGAUUGGUGGAUCGCUGCACAGCACAUGCAGAGUCACAUGGAGUGUAUCUCAGUCAGUUACCCUUGAAAUUAAAUGAGUUCAUUCACCUCCAAUAUCGCAGGCUCUGCGAUGUGACUAUCGCACACACGUACAUCGCGAUGACGAUGUUCAAACGAUAUAUCGUGCAGGCCUACUUCUAGUACGAAAACUUAAACCUUUGCCACCUCUCACAAGGGUCAUUUCAAGGUUUCUUGAAAGGUCAUUUUCUUCCUUAUCCAAUUUUUUUGUAAUUUCAGACAGUUUUUCUCGCCUCUUUCAGCAUGAAUGCAAUUUUAAUUUAUGAAGCACAUUCAUACUGUUUGAACUUCAACAGUUUUCACUUUCAUCCAACUUCCACUUCUUCUUCACCCCUUUAAACAAUUUUACAUUUAAACCUUGUGUUUUUUAUUAGCAGUUUUCUAUUGCUUUUUCAGCUGUCAGCAAUCAGCCUUUCCACGCAUUUUCUGCAAGGAAAUGCAAUUUUUCUAGUUCUCUUCGACUUCUCACAGAUAAUUAGAUGAGUACUGUCACUGGUGUGGUGGCGGUUGUUGGUUGUAGCACAUUUGCAGGAGUAGCUGUGCUUUUCCAUUGUCAAUUUCUUGACUUUUGCUCUAUGUAUUUUACUGUACCUAAAAUUACUUAAAAUUUAAUUGUCUAAUUUAUUUAUUUAUUAAUUAUUUGAACAUUUAUUAUUGUUACUGUUAUUAUUAUUAUUAGUAUUAUUAUAUUUUAUCCUUUUAUUUAUUUACAUUUUUAUUUUCUCUUUCUUUUUUAUAUUAUUAUUAUUUAAUCCUUAUUUACAUUUAUAUUAUCUUUUAUGUUAUUAUUAUUAUUAUUAUUAUUAUAUUUUAUCCUUUUAUUUUUUUACAUUUAUAUUUUCUUUUAUAUAUUAUUAUUACCAUUACUAUGACUAUUAUUUUUAGGGAUAUGGGUAAGAGUUGGCCCAUGGUGUUUGUUCAGGGAGGGGAACAGGUUUGGGUGAAAUAUGUAGCUCUAUUGUUGUAAUUGAAGUUGAAUACUGUUUAUGACAAAAUGUUUGAUCAUAAAUUGUAAAAAAAAAAAAAAAAAAAAAGAUUUCUCAAACUGCAAAGGCAAAAAAAAAACUUGUGUGUUUAGAAAGACAAUAUAGAGGAACAGUUAAAUUGAGGAUAGAUGUAGAGAUGUGUGUCUGUUAGAGGAGAAGAAUAAAUGAGUUUCUAUUGUGAGCACAGGUAUUAGACAUUAAUUAAUGUGUGUUGAGUUUCUGUGCCUUUGUAAGUCACUGUGUUGAUUGUCUGUGUCCUGCAGCAGAUGGAGCAUCAUCGCCCUGCAGAAGAAGACGUUUGUCUCCUGGAGUCCAAAACUCUGAGGCUGGACAGGAAGUCCAACAAAACAAGUUCUCAUGAGAAAGGACAGGAAGAGGAGGGGACACCUGUCUCAGGUGACACAGAAACACCUGAACACACUGUGUGUCGUGUUUCAAAUAAAAUUUUCUAUUUUCAGUCAGCAGACUUAUUUAUAAAGAAUUAUGAGAGGAUAACCUUUAUACAAAUACAAAGUUGGAAGAAAGUGGAGCCAGAUGUUUGACACCUGGAAGGCUGUCUGUGUCUGCUCAGGUGAUGGGAUGGUGGUCACCAUGGAGACCAGUGAGUCCAGUGAUGACGAGCUGGGACAGUUGGACAUCGACCUGGACAGGAAGUCCAAACAGCACAACCUGACGUCCAGAAACGUGCGCGCCAUCCUUCAUGUGAGCUGCACACACAUCAAACACAUAAUAAGCACAUGUUACAGAGAAACACAGAUAAACAAAGAUGUUGGUUCACAACACCUUGAUGGACCAAAGGGCAAAUGGUGGUGGACGGCUCCUCUCUCGUCGCUGCAGAAAAGAAAGAUUUAGAAGAUCUUUUGUACCAACAGCCAUCAGGCUUUACAACUCUUAUGUAAAUAAUAGAUAACUUUUAUAGUCAUUACGUGAGACAACAGACAAUUGAAUUUCCCUUCGGGGAUCAAUAAAGUUCUUCUUAUUCUUAUUCUUAUAACACGCGUUAUAUCCACCUACUGUCAGUCUGAUAUCAUAGAUCAAUUAAAAACUAAACUGUUUAGGAUCAGGUGGUUUUUGUUUCCACUUAGUCUCUCUUCUUAUUUUCUUCAUGUAAAAAAUGAAAGCCUGAGAGAGUUUGUCUGUGAGCUAAAAUACUUAUUCACUCCUUUACUGUCUGUGUCCGAUCAGGUUAAUCAUAAAUGAGCACCAUUUCCACAUUCCCUGAAACUUUAAAUCAAAUAGAGAGUCUCCAGUAACGGAGAAAGUUUCGAACAUUAAUAAUGAGAUGUAGAGUUUGCUCAGAUCAGAUAUUCACUGACUUUAAACACAUACCGUUAAUAAAUGAUUAGAUAAUGACACAACUACCAUCCACUGUUUUAAGAAAACAGAAAAAAUAACCUUUUAUGUAACUCAAAUAUUUUCUCCAGAAAUGGGCCAAUUUUGAGAGAUUUUGAAAAAUUAUUUGAUAAUUUAAAGAGGGCCCAGUUCGGGGUCCCCCCUACCCUGGACCCGGGACAACCGACCUGUUUGUUUGCAUGCCUGUGAGUAUCAUGUUUUUACAAGCACAGGAGCAGGUUUGGACUCCCUGUUAGUAAUGUGUGUGUGUCUGUUGUGUGUUUCAGGAGGUGAUCACUCAUGAACGUGUUGUUGCCAUGAUGAAAGAAGCCAUCAGAGACACUCAGAACCUGCCCAUGUUUGUGAGUCUCUUAGUCUUUGUCGACCUAUUCUCAUGUUUUCUCACAUUUUCCUAUUUUUCUCAAAAGGAUCAAAAAAGUGUGUCUUUAAAUCUCUCAAACUGUUCACCUGUCUGUCUGUCUGUCUGUUGAGUUGUCUGUCUACGUGCUUCUCUCAGUCUUCUCUGUGCUUUUUUAUUCAGGAACCAAAGAUGACCCGGUCCAGACUCAAACAGGUGAUCCAGCAGGAACAGGUGAACUCAAAGUCCCAGAAUCCUCUCUGAUUCUUCUCAUGAAAAAACAAAACACAUCUUUCAAAAACACACUGCUCCUCAACUUUCUACCUCUCUGUUCAUCUCUUUGUUUUUUUCUAGACACUGCCCUGGAGUCAGUCUGCAGGUGACUCAGAAACAGCCAAGGUAAAAGACACAUCAUGUCAAAAUCUACCUGUCUGUACCUGUCUGUUUGUCUGUCCAUCCCUUGUCUGUCUUCUGACCAUCUGUCUGUCUCUCUGCAGCCUCCCCAGUUUGUGGACAUUGACCUGGAGGACGAUGAAGACUCCUCAGAUACAGAGUACUGCCCUGAUGAGGAUGAAGAGGAGGACACCACAGAGGAGGUGGGUGAUCUUUGACAGGUGACAGGUGAGCGGUGUCGCUGUCUGAAGGUUAAUGAACUUCUUGUCCCCUCAUCGUGAGCAGAUGUUCCUCAGUGAUGGAGACAGUCUGACCUCCCCCCCUCGAACCCAGAGGAAACCUGAAAUCCCAAAUCAGGAACCCCUGAGGACUGAUAGAACCUCAGAAGUAAGCAAACCUCUGACCUCUGUUAACAUCAUGACCUGGACGCAGGAUUUUUUUGUAGGAUAUUAGGGGAAGGUUGUGCCUCCUUCGCCUCUGAUUGGCUAGAAGUGCUGGGCUCCGAUUGGUUAUUCCUUAUGUCUGUGAAACAUCAUCGUCUGUUGGGUUGUCGGGUAAGGUUAGGAGAUUCAGAAUUGCGAUAAUGUUCUGUAAUGUUCUGUUGUAUGUACAGAGCCGACAGCCCGUGCUCAGCUUGAGCGUGUGAUGACAUUUCACAGCCAAUCAGAGGCGAAGGAAGCGGGACCAUCCCCUACCAUCCUACGAAAAAAAUUAUCACGACCUGGACAGGUACCCUGACCUCUGACCUCUUGUUAACCUGUUGUUUAGAGAUUACCCAGACCCCCAGGAGACCUCGCCCCUCAGCUCUCAGCUGCUCCUGAGUCCUCGUUUCUGGCAAGACUGAACGCCGUCGAUGAGGAGUUGAACUCCGCCUACAGCUGUAACCAGGUAACCACUUCCUGCCACAUUCACCUGUGACUAGACCGUCUGGAGUAGACUUGGUGAACUUAGAACACAGUUAACUGUUUUUGAAGUGAUGCGGCAUCUAUGAUUUCCAAUUCUUCAUUGUCCUUUCAAAUGCGGUGACUCCCACUCCAAAAUCCUGUCUGUUUUUACAGUUUUUUCAAUUGCUAACAGGCGCUUACCCAAACUUCAGAUCCUUUUUCUAAACUCUUAACACAGACUCACACUAAGGCUGCACGAUAUUGGAAAAAAAUAAUAUUGCGAUUUUUUCAACCCUGCGAUAUAUAUUGCGAUAUUAAAAAUACAGUAUUUUCACCAGAUGACCUGAAUAGCACUUAAUGUUAUGCUGCACUGCUGAAAUCUUGAGGACAGUUAAUCUGCUCUGAUCUUACCUCUUUUUGUGAAUGUUAGUAGAACGGCUUCUGUCUGUCUCAGAGAUAUUUUUAGCUUUUAUUGUGCUGGGACGUUAUUGUGGAAACAGAUGAACACAGAAGACGUGUUUUGGUCGACAUCAUCCUUCUUUAACCGAAAUAAUUCCAGAUAACUGACUUUCCUUUUCUUUUUGGCAACAAAUCUUCAUUUUCGGUGGUUUUCGCUUGUUCGUUGUUCAUUUUGCGAUCGUUGUUGUUGUUAGCGGUGCUGUACCGAGAAACGCAUGUCCUCCGAGAAUUGCAUGCACCUCGCAAAACGCGCACUGCUUAUAGUAGAGUGGUCCACGGAAAUGUACAAUUUAAAACCCAUACAGUUCUUAUUUGUUGGGCUUAAUAGUCAUGAGUAAAGUUCCGAAAGUAAUUCUCAGCGGACACACGUCUCCCUCCAUGUGCAGAACAUGUGCAGGGGUGGGUUUUCUCCUCCCUGAUUUUGAUUGACAGCUGGCAGGGUAGUCUGAUUGGCAGCUGAGAAGUGAGUCUGAUUGGCAACUGAGUUAAGGACGAAGGCGAUUGGUGGAUCGCUGCACAGCACAUGCAGAGUCACAUGGAGUGUAUCUCAGUCGUUACCCUUGAAAUUAAAUGAGUUCAUUCACCUCCAAUAUCGCAGGCUCUGCGAUGUGACUAUCGCACACACGUACAUCGCGAUGACGAUAGUCAAACGAUAUAUCGUUCAGGCCUAACUCACACCUACAAAACAAAAUUUUCUCAAAUGGAAGAACACAUUUUUUUAAAUAUUUACUAACUCUAAUUUCAAAAUAGAACACAUCUUUGUCUGCACACACUUACUUUACCAAAACACUGGAAAUCUGACUCCAAAUGAAAUUAUUCUGUCAAAGAAAAACUCUUGUUUUCACUUCACAAGGUACAUGCAGUCAAUCAAAGUACACCAGGGUUCAAAAUACUGAUUAUUACUGACAUUACAAAAACUACAUAGACUUUCAUGUUUCAGUUUUACAGGUAUUUACAGGUAAAACAUGAAAUCCACCGUUUUAACACUAAAUUUCUUGGUUGGGAACUGUUUGUCCACAUGUAAUGUUCUCAUUCAAAAGUAUCAAAAACGAAUUUUCGGUUUUCGGCCGAAUAGAUGUUAUGGCCGAAAAAAAAUCACCGAAUAAUGUGGAUAAACAUGGGUCUAGUAUGAACUCUCAAAAACGGAAAACGCAGACGGCGCUGUUUUCCCUGUUUUAGUAGCAUGUUGAUGACGUAAUCGGUACGCGACAAGAGGCAAGCCGGUGUUGUGCCGUAGAAAGCACCCCCGCCGUAGAAUGCACCCCCUGCCUCCCAUCCACUCGUUAGCUCCUUAAAGUGGAAGAAAAUGAUCUCAUAUUUUAAAAAACACGACUAUUUGAGCGUUACAACUUUCGUUCUGAUUUUAUGUGUCUCAAAAAUGCACAUACGGAGGUGUGCUUGGGUAUAUAAACUGUACAGUAAACUGUCAAGCUGGCAUACAUUAUAUUUUCGGGACAGCAAAUAUUCUGAAUCAGAGGGCUAUUUUUUCGGCUUAUCUGAAUAGCCUGAGUGAAAUUAUUAAAGGCACACGCUUUUGAAUUCAUCCAAUGGUAAGGAAAACUUCUUACCAUUAUUUUCGCCUUGUUAAGUACUUUCAUCCGCGCUCCCGUCGGGGGUGCAUUCUACGGCACAACACCUGCAUGCUGAUAGGACGCACACGAUACGUGCAGCUGUCUUGGCUCGAAGCCGUUCAACCGGCAUGUCUGCGGUUUGGAAAUACUUCGACAUAUCAGAGAAAGAUGGUCUGAUGGCAAUUUGUAAACUGUGCUCUGCUGAAGUGUCUCGAGGUGGUGUGACGGCAAAAACUUUCAGUACAUCGGGGCUAAUCAACCACUUGAGCGCUAAACGUAAGGACAAACAUGACGAGUUUAAGAAACUCACUGCACAAAAGUUUGCACAAUCAUACAAAAGUUUGCACAAUCACUUACAUGUGCAUGCAUGUAAGUGCAUGUUGAAGGCCUCAGGCCUGGAUUUGUGUUUACUGUUGCACAAUCAUGUAUAUGCAUGCACGUACCUGCAUUUAUUUUAUUUAUUUUGCAUAUGUGCAUUUUAUUUAUUUAUUUUAUUUACUUUAGGCUAUCCUACAGGGAAAAUUGCACUUUUUUGUAUUGUUAUUGCAAAGAUGUUAUUUACUUAAUUUUAUUUUAUUGAAUGUUGUUGUUAUAGCAUUGUUAUGUCAUGUGCUGAAGCUGAAUAAAUGUUUCAUGAUUCAAACAUAAAGUGAUUAAUAUUUAAGUUUGCCAGGUUUUGCCAUAAUCAGGUAGCUUUAAAACAAAUGUACGGCAGUGACAGCAAUUAUACAAAAAUUGCUUGGUGAUAAAAAUUCAGAAUUUAUAUACAUAUUUAUUGAUCAUAUUCGGCUAUUCGGUAUUCGGUUAUUCGGCCAAGUGUUUCUUAUAUUCGGUAUUCGGUUUCGGCCAAGAUUUUCCCAUUCGGUCCAUCCCUAGUUUCCAGACAACCAGAGAUAGUCCUGUGUUUCUGCUGAGCCGUACAGACAGUGGACUGACACUUUUACUUUACAGUUUUGGGAUGAUUCAGGUCGGUUUAAGCUGUAAACUAUAUUAAAGCAGUGUUUAUUGGAAAAUGAACACUUCAAUGAAAGGAAACAAACGCGACAUAUGCGAGAGUGAUGCGUUCAGGGCAGCCUUGGAUAAAAGAGUGCCGUAUUUCAUGCACAGAUGUUCAGAGAACCUCGUUUGGAGAGCAUGUAGAACAUGUAAUACUGUUGAGUUCAAAUGUUUUUUUAGAUUUUUCUAAGUGUAUCUUAUUCAAUUUGCUUUGUUAUUUACUUUUUAUGUUAAUAAAAUGUUGAACUAAUCUCUAGUUUUUUUAGUUUUUAGUAUAGAUGCUUUAAAACUGGCACUUUAAAAAAAAAUUGUGAUAUUUAUCGAGAUCGGACGAUAUGACAAAAUAAAUCGUGAUCAUUUUUUGUGCCAAAUCGCCCAGGCCUACAGUGAACUAAAUAUCCUGCUCCUGCUCUUCUCCCUGAGCCUCUUACUCUUCCUCAUCCAGACAUUACAGUAUUUGUCUUUUUCUGUUUCCAUCACUCCUCAAAGUCCUCCUUUUAACCCCUGACACUGAGUCUAAAUCAGACUGGAAUCAGCUGUGGUUGGCACCAAUAUAUACCCAACAUAAAUAAGCUGUGUGUUGAUUAUUGAUUUAUAAUUAUUAGCCGAGAUAUAUUGUUUUUGAACUGAUAUCAUUGCAGAAGCAGAGGUUUUUAUUCUGUAUCUAAGGUUUGGAAUAUUGUUUUUGCUAUUGAAGGAUGUUGUGUGUUAACAUUUGUAAAUAAUACAAAAAUAAUCCAUCAUUUUGUUGAGAGGUCUAGUUUGUCUGUUAAGAAAAUGUAAGCAUUGUGGAAAUGUGUUCACUGACUGGAUAUUGUGUGAAAAUGACAUGAAAUGUGUGAACGGUAUGACCACAAAAGACCGAUGCUGUGAUCUUUGUGUUUAGAGUUUUGAAAAUGCGACAAACGCUUGUGCGACAAAAACUGUAUUGCCCUGAUGAUCAGGACCAUCCAGUCCUGGUUUCUGUCUUUGUCCCCCUUUAGUACAAGGUUCUUCUGAAUUUUUACCAUCCAGACUCUUUUUGAAUUUCAGUUUUAUGUUUUUAUUUUUUUUCUUGCAGAUCCUCAUAAGAGAGAAAAAUGAUGGCGAUGAUGAUGAGGAUGAUGAAAGCAGUUUGGCGUACCGCACGCGUUCAAAGCUUCCCUUGGUUGAUAUCCCUCUGGGUCAGUUGGAGGCAAAGCUUCUGCCCCCUGACAUCACAGAGGACAUGUAUGAGCGAAGCCCCGCCCAGCAAGAGGAAGACCGUCAUUGGACGAGUUGGCUGCAAAGUCUGAUGGCGCCUGAUAAUGAAGGUCACAGGUCAAGUUGAUCAGGGUGUUUUACUUUAAAAAGGUUCCAGUCCACUGUAGUGACUUCCUGUUGUUGUUGUUGUGUGUCAGAGGAGGCUGAUGAUGAAGAUGACCCAGAAUACAACUUCCUGGAGGAUCUGGAUGAACCGGACAUGGAGGACUACAGGACUGACCGGGCUGUGCAGAUCACCAGUAAGUCCAUCUGCUGAGUGCUGGUCAAUGCCUGGAACUUUUUCCAGGACUUCCAGGACCUUGUUUAAGGUUAAACACUCACCGUGAAAAUGCUUGUCCUUCCUCUGACAGAGCGAGAGGUGAACGAGCUGCUGGACGAACUCUUUGAGACGGUGAGUCUCUGAAAUUAAAGUCCGAUCAAUUCAGUCAUGUGACUUUAUUUACACACUGACGUCUGCGACCUCUGCAGCUGCAGGAAGAGGAGAAAGAAGAGGAGGAGGAGCAAGAGGAGGAGGAGGAGGAGGAGGAGGUGACUCAGCCACAGACUGGAACCAAAUUUAAUGUUCCCAAAGCUUUAAGGUAACACAAAAGAACACAUACACACACACACGCGCACCCAAUUCCAGGUGUGUGUUUGUCCUUCUGUUGGGACAGAGCAGCAGAGCGGUGCUGUCUCUGUUUGGGUCAGGAGGAACAGGAAGUCCUCCACUGUGUCUUCUUCACACAGAACCCAUGAAGAAGAGUUCAGUAGAAGGAGACAUUGGCUGUGUCCAAUUGAAUCAUUCAAUCCCUAACUCCCAUAUGGGGUUUCACUAUACAGUGCAUCCGGAAAGUAUUCAUACCACUUCACUUUUUCCACAUUUUGUUAUGUUACAUAACAAUAUGUUGCUGUGCUCUGAUUGGCUCAGUAGUUCGGAUUUCGGUUUAUCCAUUUUGCUAAUGUGUGCUAAAGUAAGGUGCCUAGAUGUCUGUAAUGAUAUCCGGGGAUAUUCGGUGCGGUGGCGGGUGCAGGGGCUGCAGGGGCUGUGUGAUCACAGACAAAGUCUCGGUACUAUUUAGUAGCAGCGCAUGCCCCUUGUAAUAACCCCCGUAAGAACUGUUGUUCAGGACUGCUUACUUGUGCUUCCUACCUAUUCGGCUACUGUAAUAACCGUUGUUCGAGCCCACACGCAACAUUUUUGUUCUCAUUCAUGAAACGCUUAAAUCGGGGACAUUUUCAGGGCUUUUGCCGGGGACAGGUCAUCCAUUACGGGGACUGUCCCCGGAAAUCAGGGACGUCUGGUCACCUUAUGCUAAAGGCUAAAAAUGGCAGGUAUUAAACCAUAUAUUUUAGAUCCCGAGUCCGAAGAGGAGGUGGAAGUUGAAGAAGAAGCCGGAGAUCUCCAGCGGUGUUUUCAUUCAUUCUGCCCAGCUUUAAGUUCAUUUUCCCGGCAGUGAACCCAGGGAAACACCGGUCGUUUGGAAGAGACCCAGAGCGGAUACAGCGGUAGCUGCGUCUCGCUCUGGCUGGAGAGUGAUGUUGUCUGUGAAUCAGUACGAGAACGAGAGAGUGGGCGCGGCUCAACGAGGACGUGCUCGUGAAUAAUAAUGAGCAAGGUCAGCGCGACGUCAGAGGGACCUGCUUUUUCAAUUGGCCUGGUUUACCCGUUCCUUUAUUUUAAACCUUUACAGAAUGCAAACGACAUAAUGGUUUGUUUUCACAUUUACAACAUAAGACGAACAUAAUAUGGACCUUAUCUGACACAAAAAACACACAAAAUUACAUUUUGAUGGCAGGUCCCCUUUAAAAAUAAGAAUCCUCAAAUGUUGCCUAUACAUAAGUAUUCACACCCUUUACUCAAUACUUGUUCGAAGCACCUUUGGCAGCGAUUACAGCCUCCAGUCUUCUUGUGUAUGAUGCAACAAGCUUGGCACACCUGGAUUUGGGGAGUUUUUCCCAUUCUUCUGUGCACAUCCUCUCAAGCUCAGUGAGGUUGGAUGGGCAGCAUUGGUGCAUAGCUACUUUCAGGUCUUUCCAAAGAUGUUCAAUCGGGUUCAAGUCUGGGCUCUGGCUGGGCCACUCAAGGACAUUCAGAGACUUGUCCUGAAGCCACUCCUUUGUCUUCUUGGCCGUGUGCUUAGGGUCAUUGUCAUGCUGGAAGAUGAAGUCACUCCAGUUGAAGGUCUCGAGCGCUCUGGAGCAGGUUUUCAUCAAGGAUUUCGAUGUACUUAGCUGCAUUCAUUUCUCCCUCUAUCCUGACAAGUCUCCCAGUUCCUGCCGCUGAAAAACAUCCCCACAGCAUGAUGCUGCCACCACCAUGUUUCACUGUAGGGAUGGUAUUGGCGAGGUGGUGAGCGGGGCCUGGUUUCCUCCGGACAUGACGCUUGGCAUUCAGGCCAGAGAGUUUGAUCUUCGUUUCAUCAGACCAGAGAAUUUUGUUUCUCCGGAACUACUUGCGUCUGUCAGCAACAGACCUAAGUAGUUCAACUGUUUCGAUGAAUAAGGCGAUGACGCUUUCAGUUAUCUUAUUUAAGUAACUAUCGCUUCUAGCUUGAGUCUGAGAUAUGGACCUCCUGACCUCCACUCUUAAUUUGCAUUCAUAAAUAUUGUGGCCAAGUUCACUCUAUCCCCCCUGCUCUCCACUGGCAAGUCUGGAACAGUUGCAAAUAAACAAAAUGGGUUUGGUACCUGUUUGAUUGUCCAUUCUGAGCUUCCAUAGAAAAACAACAUGGCAACCUCCAGCCAAUAAAAUAUAAAAGACUUUCCUCAUUCUUAAGUAAUAAAACCAUGAUGAUAUUCUAUGCAAUAUAAACUCAUUUAAACAUAUUCCGACAUGAAACAUUCCAGUUCUUUAGAGAAAUGCAGCUAAAACCGACAGAAUGUACCUUUAGGGAUCAAAGCUUUCCACCACCCUCAUAUAUAUAAUGUUUGACUUGACCUAUAGCUUUAAAAAGUUUAAUUAAAUCACCUUCACAAAAAUCAUAAAAUGUCCUCUCACUUAAUCUGAUUAAAAAAAAUCACCACAUGGACAUAAUCACCUCAGACCAAAUGUUUGACAUGAAGAUAAUGACAAUAUAUUUGGCUUUGGCUAUAAUCAGCAACGUGACAACCAACCCCAGUCUCCCCUAUUGAUGUGUCAGCUCCUCCCUUUGUCCUAAUACAGGUAUAUAGAUAAGGUGUGGCUGUUGUUGAAGGCGUUUCCUUCAUCGUUAUGACUCCUUCGGUCUGUAAAUGCGUCCCUCAGAGGAGCAGCUUCUGAAUUUGACACACAUGUAUUAUCCCUGUAAGUUAUUUCAGGCUCUGCCUACUUUCAAGUCAGAUAUGUGCGACUACAAAACAUGAUAAUUAUCAUGAUAAACAUAUUCGAUCCUCUUAUGACCCUUCAGGAGGCGGAGUCUGUGCCAAGAACCAGCUGAUUAGUGGAAAGAAGCUGCACUCAAACCCAUCCUGGUCAGGUUCAGACUUUGUUUUUUGUCCCUCUUUGGUCUUCAUAGAUUUGAGGCGCCAUUGGCUAGCAUGUUAACAGAGCGGCGGCGGGCAGCGAGACAACAGUACGAAGCUCUGCAGCAGAAGAGGGCGCUGCAGGACACGACCAAUCGGCAACGCAACAACACACUCCUGAGCAACACACCUGCUCCACAUACCAACACCUGCAUCCCCCUACUGCUGCUGAGCCACACCUGUAGACCCCUCCACCUGGACCACACCCAGAAACUACAGCUGCAGCAGCAGGUGCAGCAGGUAAGGAAAGCCCUGCCCCCCCCCCCCCCCCCCCACACACACACACACACACACACACACACACACACACACACACACACCUGUUAUCUGUCUGUUCCUCUGUGGUUUUAGCUCACCUGGGACUCUCAGACUGACAGGUAAUCUCCUGUUUUUCAGCAUGUGCAGCUGCUGACUCAGAUCCACCUGCUGGCUCGCCGCAUUGACGCUCUGAAACAUGAGGCGUUCACCACCAAACGUUACCUGGUCAGUCACAGACAAAACAAACACACCUGAGCUCCACCUCCGUCACCUGCUUCAUGAUCACCUGCUCUCUCUCCACAGGAGGAGCUGCAGCAGUUCUCCAUGAGGAGGACCCAGGAGGUUCUCCUGCCCAGCAGUUUCAGAGCCUGUAACCUGAAGGGGGCACUGGAUCUGGUGGAGGAGGUUGAGCAGAGGGUGGAGCCACCUUCUCCUCCUGCUGCUCCUUCUCCUCCUGCUGCCUCCAGGCGCUGGCUGCCCAGCAUGACGCCAGCAACCAACAGUAAGAACCUCAACCAGAACCUCCAUGGUCAUUCUGUUAGAGUGCUCCUGGUUCUGGUUCUAAAUCUGGUUCUUAAGCUGUAUUGGGACAGGAAAAAGUGCCUAGAAAGUGAAUCUCGUUUCACUUCAGUGGGGCAACAUGAACUGUGAUUCAUAAAAUUAGGCCUGCACGAUAUAUCAUUUGAACAUCGUCAUCGCGAUGUACGUGUGUGCGAUAGUCACAUCGCAGAGCCUGCGAUGUUGGAGGUGAAUGAACUCAGUGAAUUUCAAGGGUAACCGACUGAGAUACACUGCUUGUGACUCUGCAUGUGCUGUGCAGCGAUCCACCAAUCACCUUCGUUCUUUACUCAGUUGCCAAUCAGACUCAGUUCUCAGUUGCCAAUCAGACUACCCUGCCAGCUGUCAAUCAAAAUCAGAGAGGAGGAAACCCACCCCUGCACAUGUUCUGCACAUGGAGUGAGAUGCUGGCUGCAGGUGUUAAGCCGAGAAACGCGUGUCCGCUGAGAAUUACUUUCGGAACUUUACUCAUGACUGUUAAGCCCAACAAAUAAGAACUGUAUGGGUUUUAAAUUGUAUAUUUCCGUGGACCACUCUACUAUAAGCGCGUUUUGCGAGGUGCAUGCAAUUCUCGGAGGACAUGCGUUUCUCGGCACAUUACCGCUAACAACAACAACAACAACAACGAUCUCAAACUGAGCAACGAACAAGAGAAAACCACCAAAAAUGAAGAUUUGUUGCCAAAAACAAAAGGAAAGUCAGUUAUCUGGAAUUAUUUCGGUUAAAAGAAGGAUGAUGUCGACCAAAACGCGUGCUGACAGACAGCGGAAAUUAAAGUUUAUCACUUUUGGCAUGGUGUACUGGCAUUAUUAUGCCAUAUAUUAUCAUUUUCUAUAAUUUAAAAAACGGUGUCAAUAAUAUCGUUUAUCGGCAAUAAUUUGUAGCACAAUUAUCGUCCAGCAAAAUUUGUUAUCGUGACAGGCCUAAUCAGGAACAUUGUCAAAGUCGAUAUCAACUCAAUGUUUAUAAGUUUCUGCAAGGUCCUUUGUCUCACCCUGUAGAGAAAGCCACUUUCUAAUACUAGUUCUGUAAGUUUCCCAACGUGUCCUUGUAAAGUCGAGAACGUCUUCACUCUGGACAUGUGAUAGAUGCAUAUAGCAUCGUUUCGUUCCUUUUUUAUGCACUUUUGAAGGCUGUAUUCUUUUUUUCCUUUUCUUUUCUUCCUCUCCGCUUGUCUCGCUGCUAGAUCCGCUCGUCGCCAUGUUUGUGUAUUUCUGAUACUACGGCAACGAGACUCGGCUCCUAUUGGUCCAUGUGACAAAAAGUCGCUUCACCCCCUGCAUAUUCGAUUGCGCGUGUGCAAAUAUCACUACGCCGCAGAAGGGAAAUAGUUCGACACCGAAACACUGAUUACUAAAAAUCGACAGGAUGGCAUGAGUAGAUAUUUUUUUUUAGUACUUACUAUCAAUAGAGCUAUUUUAUGAAUCACAGUUUGUGUUGCCCCACUGAAGUGGAACGAACCAACACGAUCUCAUUCAGCCAAUACAGCCUAUCUGGUUCUGUUCAGGUCUGGCCUUCCCUCUGCUGCCCCCUGACAUGGCGUGGCUUUUAGCGACUAGACCCGUCUUCCUCUACCCAGAACUACUUCCUGUCUGUAACCUGGACAGCAGCCGACAGCAGAGGAGUGUGUACACACCAGGAGAGGACGGGUACGCGCGCACGCACACACACACACACAUCAAUUUAAAAGUCCACUCAAUGCAGUGUAUACAGUAAACUAAACCUACUAGAAAUUUACUUGCAGUGUAGAAAUACAGUGAUUUAUCUUGUUAGUUAUGUGGGACUGCUAUUAUCUUGAACACAACUUUAAGUCUCAGUGUGUCAUAUUUCCCAUCAUGCCUCUGUGCAGGCUGCUGGUUCUGGGUCUGAAGCACUUUGAGGGAACCGUGGAGCCGGAUCAGCUGAUCAGCUCGUACCUGGUCCGUAAGACUCGAUGGAACCUGAAGAAGCACAUCAGAGAGCUGAGCGGACCCAGGGCACCGCCCAGCAGCGUCAUUAAGGUGACAUCACUGUGACAUCACACAGACUCAGCUGAGAGGUGGAGCAGGUGAAGUUCAUCUGGUCGUUUGUCAUCUUCAGGUGUUCGUGACGCAGAGAGUCGUUCCCCCGUUGCCCCUCUCCUGCAGCAGAGUUCAGCCGUCUGACCAGUGCCCCCCAGUGGACAGAAACCCCUCCUGCAUGCCGAACUGGCUGAAGGUCAGAUCAGAGCAGAUCCACAUUCAGGUUUUCAGGUUCCUCUAAGGUUCUUUCAUCGCUCUUUAACGCCCCCUGAUGGUUCUCACCCUCCAGAACAGUCAGCUGAUCAUCCAGAAGACUCGCCUCCACUCCCACUCUUACCCCCCCUCCCUCCCUCCUGGCUGCACCCUCAGGCUCCACCCCCAAUGGCUCAUCAAGUCCCGCUCCUCAAUCACCGCUCACAGACGUAUCUUCAAACUUGCCCACAAUGCAUCUCUGCCACCCCUCGCCAAAGCCCCAGGAGACCUACAGGCCGCUCCCCCUGCAGGUGUGACUGGACCGCUGGCCCCGCUCCAAACCUGUGAGCCUAUCCCAUUGGCUGCUGUCCAAACAGUUCCCACCCAGGCAGUGUGCACCAACAUUAUAAGCUCGGGCGUUCCUAUUGGUCAGGUGCAGCAGAGCGUUUUAACAGAACAGCUGUGUAGCCCCGCCCCUCUGCUCCUCCCCCUUUCUGCCUCCACCACCUCUGACAUCACAGCUCCCAUAAUGCCCGUCUCUGCUGCCGCUCUGACGCCGGGAUACUUCAUCCUGCAGAUGGUGUGGACGCCUCAGACACAAGCUCCACCUCCUGCUUCGCCUUCUGCCCCGCCCAUUGUCAGUGUCCAACGUGCUCCUCAGAAGACGCGACGUAAACAGAGUGAGAAGAAGAGACAGGAGGAGGACAGGAGACGGGAGGGGGAGGAGACUCAGGUAGAGGAGGCAGGACACAUGGAGGAGCAAUGCUCAGUGUCAUCUUUGAGCCCAGCUUUUUUAUUUUCAGAGCGAAAACUGGAGGGGGAAAAGAAAGAGGAGGAGAAGGAGGACAACGACAUAAGGAAGGAAAAAGAAGAGGAGGUUCCAGGUGUAGUCAGUUUAAGUGGAGGAGAAAAAAACACCGGAGAGAAAGAGGAGGAUAAAGGUGGAGGAGGAAGUGCUGGAGGAGCAGGUGAGGAGGAUACAGGUGAGGGAGGUGGAGGGGAAGGGGGACAGGAAAGAGAGGAGGAGGAAGGACAGAGGGAGGAUGGAGGAGGAAGAGAGAGGGAAGAGGAUGGAGAGAAGGAUAAAGAUGAAGAUCAGGAUCAGCAGGGGGAGGAAGAGGAGGAGGAGGACUUCGAUGACCUCACCCAGGAUGAGGAUGAGGAGGAAGUGAUGUCAUCUGCGUCAGAGGAGUCGGUGCUGUCUGUUCCAGAGUUACAGGUAACUAAAUGACAGGUAAACAAAGUUCAAGUACAGGUAAACAACAGUUUUUGACCUUUGACCUCCUCAGGAAACCAUGAAGCAGCUGACAUGGCUGGCGGCGGAGCGGCGGCUCUGUGCGGACGCAGACUCUGAGGAGGAUCACUCCCCCACCUCCCCAGGAUCUCAGGAGGAAGAGGAGGAGGAGGAAGAGGAGGUGCCCAAAGGGGCGGAGUCAGGAGACAGGAGGCGAACAAAGGAGGGAGGAGACGAAGACACGCCGUCGGGGGAGGGGACUCCCAGAGGGGGAGGAGGUCGUCCAGGGCGAGGGAGAGGUGGGUGUCGGUGCUGAGGUCACAGCAGGUGUCAUUUCACCUGGCGUGUUUUAAGUGUUUCCUGUCUCGCUGCAGGGAGGAGCCGACCUCUGCGUGGUCUGAGGAGGAGUCGUCAGGAGCGUCACAGCGUCGACGCCACCAGACUGUUACUGCUGUACGACGAGAACAUCCUGGACAACGACCCACACAGAGAGAGCAAGGACGUGGCGUUCGCUCAGAGCUACCUCAACCGGGUCAGAAACAGAACCUCAGUAACGAUCACAUUAGACUCUGGUCAGCAGCUGUUUGAUGUAGUUUGGAGUUUGAUCCAACAGAGGGAGCUCUCCUCGAACCCUGAUCCUAGCACAGAACUAAAGUGACCGGGGUUUAUUUUGGGCCUGGUUCUGGGGUUCUGGAUAUGAAGCUGGACUGACUUAAAUGGGACGGUUUUGGUCUCAGAAGGUCACACCUGUCCUGCAUGCAGGAUUUUUUUUCAUAGAAUGGUAGGGGAAGGUCCCGCCCUCCUUUACCUCUGAUUGGCUAAAAGUGCUGGGCUCCGAUUGGUUAUUCCUUAUGGCUGUGAAACGUCAUCGUCUGUCGGGUUAGGGUUAUGAUAUUCAGAGCAGACAGUCGCGCUCGGCUUGAGCGUGUGAUGACGUUCCACAGCAAAUCAGAGGCGAAGGAGGCGGGACCAUCCCCUACCAUCCUUGGAAAAAAAAAUUGCGUCUUACAUUGGUAGCAGUUUGGGGGUUUCCAUAGCAACCAUCACAGACAGUUAACCACGACUGUGACUUUGUUCCAGGUGCGGGAGGCACUGCAAGACACACCUGGUCAGGUGGGCGAGUUUGUGUCUCUGCUGCGUGAGUUUGAGCAGGUGGGAGAUGGAGAGGAAGUGACCAUUUUGUUCAGGAAGCUGCGGUGCAUUCUGGGAGAUCGCACUGACCUGCUCAGAGACUUCGCCGCGUUCCUGCACCCUGAACAGGCGCUGCAGUGCGGACUGGUGAGUGGCACAGGUGUCAGACAGGUGUGUAUUUAUCAUCAAAGUCUCCGUCACAUCCUCAUCCUCGCUCUCUGACCUCUGCAGUUUGAGGAGCAGCAGGCGUUUGACCAAAGCCGCCGUUUCCUGCGACAGUUAGAGAUCAGCUUUGGAGAUAAUCCGUCUCAUUACCAGAAGAUCAUCAAAGCUCUGCAGACCGGUCCGGACUUGAGUCCCACCAGCAUCCAGGAGGUAAAACCACUGAAACCAGUUCUCCUGACAUCACAAACUGGAGGAUUGAUCUGGUCAUAUGAUUGUUUAUUUGAUCAAAUAUACACACAGUACAAUUUUAGUCAAGAAAUUACCUGUUUGUUUUUUUGGAAAUUAAAAAAAGAGUAGGUUGAAGCUGUUUAGUUUAUAUGUAGGGGAGACCAGGCCUGUUGUUACAUGGGUAAGUUGUCACAUUGCAAUUAUCUUUGCCACCAGAGGGCGCAACUAAAAACUGGAAUACUAGUUCUCCUCCUUUACAUGGUCAGGGGUCGUGUCCUGUCCUAGUUGAGAUGAAUGCCAAUUAACCAUUUCACACAACCCAAAGUAAAAAAAAAUUAACUUUAUAUAUUUUAAAAUAAGUUUCUUCCAGAUAAAAAUCCUAGCAGUGAAACAUGUGGACCUGUUAGAGGAGAGAUUAAGACAUCCUGUCAUACCUCAGUCAUUGUUCUGUUUUAAACUUACUUUAAGCUGGAGCUAAAAUUAGCAAACGUGGUAAUUUGGGUCAACAUGUCUCAGUCAUUUUGGGAUUAGUUAUCACAUGUUUAAAAGGGAUUAAAAUUAACAGAGAGUCUGCUUAUCAGUAGUUGUCAUAUUGAAAUUUGACUUUGUUUUUACAGAGAACAGAGUGGUUUAAAGGAGAGGAGAAAGAGAGCGGACAUGGUCAGGAAUUACAAAAGAAAAACGGAACAUGUCAGUGCAGUACCUAACGUGAUGCUGAGGACAGUCAGGCAGGUGACCCUCACUGAUAAAUCAAUCUGGAGUACAAUGAAGGAAUUUAAUGUCAGCUACCAUACCUUAGCUCAGUACUGCAAAACAUUCACCCCAGUAGAAAUACAGUCAGACAGAUCUCCAAACUCCAGAGCAUGUUGAUAAUAUUUUAAAUGUACGGUUUUUUCAAAGACUUAUUCUUUAGCUCAAUGAUAAACAUUUUCUGUGUCUGACUUUAAUGUUCACUUUCAGGUAAAAAAAAAAUUACAACAACAACAAUUUUGUUUUAUUAGCUGUAAAAUACACUGACAUCUUACCCCAUGUAGAGAGACAGCUUACCCGAUGGUGGGGCAACAUGUCACAUGUUCACACUCUCUAUUUGAUUGAUUGUAACUCUGCACUGAUACAAGAUAUGAAAAUGACAUGAAUAUGAAAUAUAUACCUGAGACUUUGUUCUUUCAUCUGGUACACAUUUUGUUUAUAUAUGAUGAAUUGAUUCCAAGUAUAUAUAUAAAUAACUCUAAUAUAAAUAUAUAAGAGUGUGAAAAGUGUGACAACAAGCCCCGGUCUCCCCUACCUACCCUCAUUCCCUACUAUUUGUUACCCUUUACAUGUCUCCAGAAUUUCUGAUGUCGCCAAAAAACAACCAAAGCUCCAAAGUGUAACAUGAAUAUAUAACUAAUCAUUAAUACUAAAACAAAGACCUUAUACACUAUAGGCCAAAAGUUUGGAAGCAAGAUCAGAUUUGUAUUUGUAAUAACCUGCAAAACAUCCCCAUACCAUGGAACUACCACCUCCAUACUGAAUUAUGGGUGUAACACAUGGUGCUUUCAGAUGCAACAGUUUGUCUGCGGAUAUAGACUCUGCGUUUUGAACCAAAUAGUGCAAACUUGUUUCUAGUCAUCAUAAGUCCAAUUUUUGUGAACUUUUGCCCACACAUAUCUCUUUUUCUUGUUCUGUGGAUGAAGUAGUGCUUUUUUGCAGACACACAACCCUUCAGACCAGCCUUUCUCAAAUGUCAUUUCACGGUUGUCAGAGAUAUGGGUUUCGACCUUGUCAUGUUGAUUUCCUCCCUUAUUUGUGGUGCUGUUUUUCGCCGAUCUCUCUCACUGGUGACAAUGCUAUUGUUACCAAACUUGAGCUUGCAGACCCUCGAACCGUAGUAGGUGGACCACUCUUGGACAGCUCUCUGUUUAACUCGUUGAGGUAACAUAAAAAUGAUCGGGACCACGUUGGAAGAACUGCACUUUUAUUUUCUAGCACUCCUCGCAGAAGGAAAACAUAAAGUAUCACACUUGUGGCUGCGGAGUCCGUCUCACAAACACAAGCUCCCUGCAUCGCAUCCCCUGCGAACACAAAAGAACACAGUUUCCCAGAAUGCCCUACUGACAUAGCCCUGUAAACUCUAACCCCUCCCACAUAAUAAAGUCACAGUCACAUGCUGAGCCUGUAACACUAUGUUUAUCCUCUGCUUUUGUAGUAACUCUCUUUCAUCCAGGUCUUUUUCUAUCAUCAUAACUUCCAGGUUCCUCUAGUCUCUUCAGAGUGUAGUGGACUCCUUUGUUAAACACCUUUAGGUGUUUUGCAAUUUCUCUUUCUGUGUAUCCUUCUUUCCUCAAUGUACAAAUCUGUACUUUUGUUUCUUUACUCAGUUGCUUCUUUCUAGCCAUUUUUGCGGUAGUUUGAACACAGUUGAGAUUUAUUAGGAUUUUUGUAUGCAGACUCUCAAAAACCCCAAAAGUUGAAGUGAAUAAUCCAACUGUGAUUUGUUUUUUUUGCUUUUGCACUGAAGUUGUGACUCUUGCAAAUGUUUUCAACCCUAAAACUAAGCCCUUAUUAUCUUUUGCUGACAUAUAUUUAGCAAUGGUCUGUUAACAUCAAUGUCUAAAGGUAAAUGGAGUAAAAUGGUGCAUUUCCAUGAAAGCAACAUCUGAUCAUGGAGUAAAUACAUCCCAAAAUACAUAAAACUCAUGCUGGAUUAAAAAAAAAAGCAUUGUGAACAAAAACUUGAAGUUACUCCCAACUGUUCGGCCUGUAAUGGCCUUGCUUCCAAACUUUUGGCCUGUAGUGUAUUUACAUACACUCCUGAUCAAAAUCUUAAGACCAGUUAAAAAACUGCAAGACUUUAUAUUUAGCACUGUUGGACCUUAAGACGGUUCUUAGUAGAGCUUCAAAAUGCAAAAAGAAGAAAUGGGAACAAGAGACCAAAAGUUUUGAGUAGGCAAUUUAUUGAAAACAACAAUUUAACUAAAAUAGGCUGUUCAUCAGCUGAUCAAAAAAACCUAACCACCUCCAAAAACAGAAAUUUAAGUGUCAAAAACUGACUCAGUAAUGAGUAGCUCCAUCAUUAUUGUUGAUUACUUUAAAAAUUCGUUUUGGCAUGGUUGAUACAAGUGUUUCUAAAAGGCUGGUGGGAAUGUUGCUCCAAGUGGUGAAGAUGGCUUCACAAAGGGGAUCCACUGUCUGGAACUGAUGUCCAUUUUUAUAAAUUUCCCUUGCCAUCUAUCCCCAAAUGUUCUCAAUUGGAUUUAGAUCAGGGAAACAUGCAGGAUGGUCCAAAAGAGUGAUGCUAUUCUCCUGGAAAAAGUUCUUGGUCAGACGGGCCUUUUGAAUUGUAGCAUUGUCCUGCUGAAAAACCCAGUCAUUGCCACACAGACGAGGGCCCUCAGUCAUGAGGAAUGCCCGCUGCAACAUCUCCACACGCCAGCUGCUAGUUGACGCUCCUGCACAACCUGGAGCUCCAUUGUUCCAUUAAAGGAGAAAGCACCCCAGAUCAUGAUGGUGCCCCCUCCACUGUGCCACGUAGAAAACAUCUCAGGUGGCAUCUCCUUGUCAUGCCAGUAGUGUUGGAAGCCAUCAGGACCAUCAAGGUAAAAAUAUUCCUCAUCAGAGAAUAAAACUUUUUUCCACCUUUGAAUGUCCCAUGUUUGGUGCUCCCUUACAAAGCACAAAUGGGCAAUUUUGUGGCGUUGAAGGAGACGUGGCCUUUGAAGACGUGUUUUGUUUUUGAAGCCCUUCCUAUGCAGAUGUCGUCUGAUUGUUAUUGGGCUGCAGUCAGCACCUGUAAUGGCCUUAAUUUGGGAUGAGGAUCGUCCCACGUCUUGACAGACACACAUUCGGAUCCUCCGGCUCAGCAGUGGUGAGAUUUUUUGGGGUCUACCACUUGAUUUUUUUGUUCCAUAACCCUCCAGAUCUUUUAAGAAAUGAAAAAUGAUGGUGUUAUUGCGUCCAACCUCAGCAGCGAUGGUAUGUUGUGAGAGGCCUUGUUUAUGCAGCUCAACAAUCCUACCACGUUCAAAAGCAGUGAGCUUUUUUGCCUUUGCCAUCAAGUGAUAUUGACAGUGUGACUGCUUGACAAGAAAUGACAUGGAAUCCAAAUUUUCGCACAGAUUUUGGCUUUUUUAAGGCUGUGGUCUUAAACUUUUGAUCAGCUGAUGAACAGCCUAUUCAGUCUAAUAGUUGUUUACAAUAAAUUACCUGCUCAAAACUUUUGGUCUCUUGUUCCCAUUUCUUCUUUUUGCAUUUUGAAGCUCUACUAAGAACCGUCUUAAGGUCCAACAGUGCUAAAUAUAAAUUCUUGCAAUUUUUUAACUUGUCUUAAGAUUUUGAUCGAGUGUAUAUACAUCCACACCUAUAUACAUGUAUAUACACACAAAUAUACACUUCAUAUAUGAAUACCUAGAAUACUUUAAAUCUCUCAUUUGUACCAUUCCCAUAUACAAUAGAAUAAGUGUGACAAAACAAAAAUCACUGUUGUUAGUAUUUUUCAAUCAAACUCUGCUUUAAUUUACUUUAAAAAAGGCUGCAUGAUAUAUCGUUUGAUCAUCGUCAUGAACGUGUGCGCGGUAGUCACAUUGCAGAGCCUGCGAUGUUGGAAGCAAAUGAACUCAUCUAAUUUCAAGGGUAACUGACUGAGAUACACUGCAUGUGACUGCAUGUGCUGUGCAGCAAUCCACCAAUCACAUUCAUUCUUUACUCAGUUGCCAAUCAGACUACGCUGCCAGCCGUCAAUCAAAAUCAGAGAGGAGGAAACCACGCCCCUGCACAUGGAGUGAGUCGCUGGCGCUGCCGGUGUUGUGCCGAGAAACGAGUGUCUGCUGAGAAUUACUUUGGGAACAACACAAAAAUAAGAACUGUAUGGGUUUGAAAUUGUACAUUUCCGUGGACCACUCUACUGUAAGCGGUGCGCGUUUCUGCGAGGUGCAUGCAAAUCUCGGCACAACACUGGUACCAACAGCAACGAUUGUAAAAUGAGCAACGAACAAGAGAAAACCACCGAAAAUGAAGACUUGUUGGCAAAAAGAAAAGGAAAGUCAGUUAUCUGGAAUUAUUUUGGUUACAAGAGGGAUGAUGUCGACUAAAACAUGUGUUCUGUGUUCAUCUGUUUCUACAAUAAUGUCCCAGCACAGUAAAAGCUAAAACAUCUCUAAGACAGACAGAAGCCAUUCUACUGACAUUCACUUAAAGAGGUAAGAUCAGUGCAGGUUAACUGUCCUCAAGAUUCAGCAGAAAGUGAUAUUCAGGUCAUCCGCUGGAAAAUUUCUGUAGUUUUCUCAUAUUGCAGUAUAUAUCGUAGGGUUGAAAAAAACUGCAAUGCUAGUUUUUUUCCAAUAUCGUGCAGCCCUACUUUUAAACUGUGCUUUAAUUUUACUUUGUUUAAGAUCAUCGGUCAAGUUGUUCCACAUCUUCACCCCCACAAUAAAAAGAAGCCUGCUUUUUAGUGUCUUAAGAACGCCUGGUUGUUUUAAAUUGUGUUCCCCUCUUAAUACAAACCUGCCCUCUCUUCCAAUAAACAUUUUCUGUAUAUUACUCAGGAGUACAUUGUUAUUAGCUCUACACAUCGUCUGUGCAGUUCUAAAUUCAACAGAUUGGCAAUUUUUAAUACUCUUAAUUUCAGAAACAGUUCAUUAGCAUGAUGGAAGAAUCCUACCUCUUUAACAAUCCUUAUUGCUCUCUUUUGCAUAAUAUUUAUAGGUUGUAAAUUAGUUUUGUAUGUUUUUCCCCAGACUUCUAUACAGUAAGUCAGAUAUGGUUAUAUUUGCGUAUUGUAUAAUAAGUAUAAAGUUUUAUGGUUUCAUGUGUGUCUUGUCCUACCCAAAAUGCCAAUACUCCUAGCCAGCUCUGACCUAACAAAGAUUAUUUGGAGUUUCCAGCUGAGGUUAUGGUCCAUUUUUACCCCUAAAAAAAUACACUCAUACACCCUUUCUAUCUUAAUAUUAUCAAUACUCACUUCAACAUCUGUAUUUGGUUCAAUUGGUCUCUUUCCAAACACUAUGAACUUUGUCUCCGUCAUGAUUAUUAUCAAACCAUAAUUUAGCUGGUUUAGAUUCUCCUGUACAAAAAAUAUGAGUAUUAUCAGCAAAAAUAACAAAUUUUAAUACACUAGAAACUUUACAUACAUCAUUUCUAUAUAGGCCUGUCGCGAUAAUCAAUAAAUCGCCUUAUCGCUCGGUAAAUAAAAACGAGGUAGGUCAUUUUGCCAACCUGGAUAAUUAACGUUCGUUUGUUUUCCUCCUCUCUCGCUACCAAACACGCUGGAUGAGAGAAGAGGUCUCACUCUGCACAUUUUUGUCAACCCCUGGGGGCGUUGGCUCUAUAGGGGAAUGAACGGAGUUAGUGAACCCUCCUGUCAGUCAUUCAGUCUCUUUGUCGGGGGGGGGAGAGCUGGCGCGCACAGGCACACAGACACAGACUUUUGGAUACAGUGCUACAAGUGAACGUCGUGAGUGAAAAGCAAGCUAACAGAAUGAACACGACAGCUUUGGUGUCUAAACCGAAUGCAACAGCCCAAGUGUGGGAAUAUUUCAGCUUUAAACCAAAUGAAAGAGGUGAGCCCACAAAUACGGACGAGCCGAUAUGUCGUAUUUGUUCCAAAGUUGUGAUGACAAAGAAGGGGAAUACGACGAACGUGCACGCGCACCUCAAGCACAAUCAUCCUCUCCAUUUUUCCCAACUGAGCAAAAAAAGUACCGCCGAAGGUGCUGCGGAGCCAUCGUCCCGACAGGUACCGCUUACUGAAGCGUUUGGUAAGCAAAGCAAAUAUAAACAAAACACCGCAAAAUGGUGCGCGCUGACAGACAGCGGAAAUUAAAGUUUAUCACUUUUGACAUGGUGUACUCGCAUUAUUAUGCCAUAUGUUAUCAUUUUCUAUAAUUUAAAAAACGGUGUCAAUAAUAUCUUUUAUCGGCAAUAAUUUGUAGCACAAUUAUCGUCCAGCAAAAUUUGUUAUCGUGACAGGCCUAUUUCUAUAUAAUAUGAGUAAUAAUUGGUCCCAAUAUUGAAGCCUGUGGCACUCCACAGGUUAUAUCCAGAUAUGUCAGCUCUGUGGUCCGUAUCUUUCAGCUGCUUCUUGUGUUUCAGCUCAAAUCUCAGAUGGCCACACUGCUCAAAGGCCACACCCAUCUGCAGAAUGAGUUCUGGGUAUUUUUUGACGAGCUCCGGCCUCCCCCUGCCCACCCUGGACAGUUCGAGGAAGCUCAUUGGCCAGAGGACGGAGGAGGCAUGUCAGAAGGAGCAGAGGGACUGGGGCAGGUACUGUCAGGGGGCGGAGUCAGCAGUGGAUUUGAGGAGGUAACGCUACCAGAGCUGGAGGAGGAAGAGGAGGGGCAAAAGAUCCCGACAGUGACGAGCCGCCGCCAGAGAAGAAAGAUGGACGCCCACAGGACCUACAAGGUCUGUCCUUCUGUUGGACCCUCCUUCUCUCACCUGUUACCUGUCUAACUCUGAUUGGUCAAAUGAAUCUUGAUUUAUGUUUCCAGGACUGUGAUUGGUCGGAUAAGAAUUGGUCCUGCCUCUGCCUGGACUCAAAGAUCCGUAGACACAGGAGGAAAGGAUGCCCUCGCUGCCAUGGCAACAAGGUCUGUCUGUCCUCCACGUGUCCACAUGAGUGCAGAGGUUUUCAAACACCUGACCAGUGACUGUUAAUCCCACCGCAGGCAGCAGGGGGCGUGUCCAGAGCCAUAAAGAGUUUGAACCCGCUGUACUCUCAGAUAAGCUCUGCCCACGAUCAACCUGGCGAUAAAGACCUCGAACUGAAGAGGGACGAUGACAGUCCACAACCAGGUAUGUAACCAGGUCACCUGUACGAGAUUUAAACAGAGACAUCAACAUAGGCCUGUCACGAUAACAAAUUUUGCUGGACGAUAAUUGUGCUACAAAUUAUUGCCGAUAAAAGAUAUUAUUGACACCGUUUUUUAAAUUAUAGAAAAUGAUAAUAUAUGGCAUAAUAAUGCGAGUACACCAUGUCAAAAGUGAUAAACUUUAAUUUCCGCUGUCUGUCAGCGCGCACCAUUUUGCGGUGUUUUGUUUAUAUUUGCUUUGCUUACCAAACGCUUCAGUAAGCGGUACCUGUCGGGACGAUGGCUCCGCAGCACCUCCGGCGGUACUUUUUUUGCUCAGUUGGGAAAAAUGGAGAGGAUGAUUGUGCUUGAGGUGCGCGUGCAUGUUCGUCGUAUUCCCCUUCUUUGUCACCACAACUUUGGAACAAAUACGACAUAUCGGCUCGUCCGUAUUUGUGGGCUCACCUCUUUCAUUUGGUUUAAAGCCGAAAUAUUCCCACACUUGGGCUGUUGCGUUCGGUUUAGACACCAAAGCUGUCGUGUUCAUUCUGUUUGCUUGCUUUUCACUCACGACGCUCACUUGCAGCACUGUAUCCAAAAGUCUGUGUCUGUGUGCCUGUGCGCGCCAGCUCUCCCCCCCCCGACAAAGACACUGAAUGACUGACAGGAGGGUUCACUAACUCCGUUCAUUCCCCUAUAGAGCCAACGCCCCCAGGUGUCGACAAAAAUGCGCAGAGUGAGACCUCUUCUCUCAUACAGCGUGUUUGGUAGCGAGAGAGGAGGAAAACAAACGCACGUUAAUUAUCGAGGCUGGCAAAAUGACCGACCUCGUUUUUAUUUACCGAGCGAUAAGGCGAUUUAUUGAUUAUCGCGACAGGCCUACAUCUACACUUUAUGCACAAUUAUUAGGCAAGUUGUAUUUUUGAGGUUUAAUUUUAUUUUUGAACAACUACAGUGCUCUCGGUCAAUCCAAAAUGUUAAUAAACCUCAAACCUGAAUAUUUAAGAGAGUAAAAGUGAGGUUUUGGCUUUCUUAGAAGAAUAUCUAUGUGUGAAGAACUAUUGGGCAACUAUUAGUAUGCAGAAUUAUUAUGCAAAAAAAAAAAUUCCUAUCUAACUUGUUUAUUUUCAUUUGUUAAAGUGAGAAUAAUAAACAAACAAGUCAAAAUUUACAAAUAAAAAUGUUUGACAUAAAAAAAAAUUAUAAAAAAAAACAGUGACCAAUACAGCCACCCUUCUUUUCAAAAACAGUCAUAAGACUUCCAUUCAUGGAGUCUGUCAGUUUCUUGAUCUUUUGAUGAUCAACUUUUUGUGCAGCAGCAACCACAGCCUCCCAGACCCUUCACCGUAAACCUCCCGUUUAAGAAGGGCCUACAAGUUCUCUGUAGGGUUUAGGUCAGGUGAGGAAGGGGGCCACAUCAUUAUUCGUUCAUUUUUAAGGCCUUUACCGGCGAGCCACACAGUGGAGGACCUUGAUGCAUGCGAUGGAGAAUUGUCAUGCAUAAAAAUCAUGGUCUUAUUUAAAGAUGCAGACUUUUUCCUGAAAAAAAAGUGUCUUUUAAAAACUGGCAGUAGGUUUAGGAGUUAAUUUUAAGUCCAUCUUCAACCCGAAAUGGUCCAGCUAGCUCAUCUUUAAUAAUACCAGCCCAUACCAGAACUCCACCCUGCUGGCGUCUGAUUUGAAGUGGAGCUCUGUGACCGUCUCACCAGUCCAUAAAACCUUUAAAAAAUUGGUCCUCAGAUGUUUCUUGGCCCAGUCUUGACAUUUUAACUUGUGUGUCUUGAUCAGUAGUGGUCGGGUUUCAGCCGUCCUUACCUUGGCCAUGCCUCUUAAAACUGAACUCCUUGUUCUUCUGGGUAGUCCAGGUAGGUUGGAGUUCUGGUAUAUUCAAGAGGAUAACGGGUUCCUGGUAUCUUCACGUUUGAGUCUCAAAUCUCUGGCAGUUAAUUUGUGUCUUUUUUUCUCAACAUGUUUCUUGCCUAUUUGCAAUAAAAUAUUUGAUAGUUCUGUGAGCAAUAUCUUAGCAAUUUCAAGAGUGCUGCAUCCCUCUGAAAGACUCUGUACAAAUUUUGACUUUUCAGAUUCACUUCAAUCUCUUUUUUGGCCCAUUUUUCCUGAGGAAAAGAAGCUGUCUAAUAAUUAUGCACAUCUUGAUAUAGGAUGUUGAUCUCCUUAGGCCCAUCCAUCCCUCAUUACACAAAUACACAUCACCUAAUAUUCUUAUAUCCAAUAAGCAUUCCAGUUUAUACAGCUUGGAGUUGGAAAAUAUGCAUAAAAAUGAUGAUAUGGUGCCUAAUAAUUGUGCACACAGUGUAUGUGUCACAGCCAUAAAGAGAAGAGGGUCCACCAAAUCCAAAUCCAGCAUCACUGAUGGUCUGGGGAUCAUCAGAGUCCAUGUCAUCUUUGAAGGCUCCAAUAAUGUAGAAUAAUAUCUCCAGGUUUAGGAGCUACAGAGUCCUGUUGCUCGGAAAUCUGGAGAUAUUGUUCAGAUAUUGUUAAACCCAUGCGGUGACUCCAACUACACCACAUGGGUUUAAUAUCACUUGUCCAUGAACUGUCCUGAGGUCUACUGUUGUGUUGUUCACGAACAAUUCGUUCAAAAGAACCGAAUCUUUUAAGUGAACGUACUGAACCGAAUCACAUCCUCAAGUGAUUCGUUCGUUUCUCUCUUCAGUUGAGCUGAAGUGAGAAACAGCAUUGCCAGUCGAGCAGCCAACAAACGAGGGACCACAUGCACCAACACCUGAAUCACUUGGUGAACGAAUCACGCAUUGAACUACACUCUCUGGGUUCAUUUUUAUCGGACAAAAGUACCUUUUUUCACAGCUAAAUUGCCACCACAACAACUUGCGUACAAUAGGACACAGCAUGUAACAAGUGGUGCGUUACACCCGCAGCAUCCUAAUCAUUGCAGCGGUUUGCGAGGGUGUGUUCUUCUAAAAAUUCAGUGAACGAAUCACUUACUAAGCCCAAUUUUACUGAGCAGACCUGAUAAAUAGCAUACCACAGGACAGUACACUUUAAACAUCAUGACUUAUAAACAAGUUCAUUUUUACAAACCUGUUUGCCAAAGCAACACAGCCAAACACUCUUGUCUCCUGGUCCCAGAAGCUAUGAAUUGAACUGAAUCCUGAACCGUUCAGCCGUGAAUCAGUUCAGGAGGUCCCGCUAAAUGAUUUGGUGAUUUGGUGAAUGAAUCUUUUGAACGCAUCUUUUUAGUGAACUGAUUCUAGUGAUUCAGUACAUCUGAAAGAACUGUCGUGCCCAUCACUACUGAGGUCUGAAGGUCUAGAGCGAAACGUCUCAACGAAGUCCAGUUGUCCUUUCAACAUAGAUCUGGAAGUCAUAGAUGCUGCAUCCUCAGUUUUAAGCAUAAUAUCUAACAUCAAGACCUCAAAACCAGGACCAAGAGGAUCCUGGUCUUCUUGAAACCUCUCAUUCAAAUGAUGCGCUUGAACCCAGAGGUUGCUGCAAGUCUGGUCUCUCUGUAUUAUCUGUAAUUUUUGCUAGAUUUUUUUCAUAUUUUUGUGGUAAUUUUGUUGGCUGCUGAUGAAUACUUCUGCUGGGCUAAGAGUUUACUCAAGAGAAGAGCUCCUUUCAUUGAGGAAAAGCAAAUCUGGGCAAGAACAUACAAUUCCAGAGGACAUCAGGAGGUGUUAUUGUGGUUGCUGUGCUGGUCUAAAGGUGAAGGCAAAGCUGAAUGCUAGGAGGUGGCGAUAUAAACCCUUUCUUGAAUCAAUCAUCAUGGGAAACGUCAACUUUCUGCCCAACAAAAGCGAUGAGCUGGAGAUCUUGGUGAAGACUGAGAAAGCAUACCGUGAGUGCAGUUUCCUGUGUUUUACUGAAACCUGGUUGAAUCAAAACAACUCAGACUCCAAUGUGGAUCUACCUGGCUUCACUCUCAUAAGGUCAGACAGAGAUUCUCAAGCUUGUGGCAAGAAGAAAGGAGGAGGUCUGACUUUAUUUGUCAACCAGAGAUGGUGUAACCCUUCACACAUAACUGUCAAGGAGAAGUUGUGUUGUCCAGAUAUUGAACUGUUGGCAGUUUCUCUUCUGCCAUAUUAUGUUCCAAGAGAAUUUAGUCAUAUCAUAACAGUAGUUGUUUACAUUCCACCCAAAUCAACUGAAGAAUGUUGCAAUGUUUUGCAAAACAGUGUUGCCAGGCUACAGACUCAACACCCUGAGGCACUAAUAAUAAUAUCGGGAGACUUCAACCAUGUCACCCUCUCCUCUCACCUGACUGGAUUCACAGUUUGUAAACUGUCCUACCAGAGAAAACAAAACCCUAAAUCUGCUGUAUGCCAAUGUCAAAGAAGCCUACAGAGCCACUGCCUUACCACCACUCGGCAAGUCAGAUCAUAACUUGGUCUAUCUACAAACCUGUUACAGACCUUGUGUGCUGAGGCAACCUGUGACCAAAGUCAAAAUCAGAAGAUGGACGCCUCAAGCCAGUGAAGCUCUAAGAGACUGUUUUAAAUCAACAGACUGGAAUGUGCUGCUGGAAACAGAUGUGGAUAGUAGUGCUGCAACUAACGAUAAUUUUUUUGUCGACUAAUCUAUCGACUAGUCGUCCGAUUAAUCACGAUUAAUCACCAUCUUCUUUAUUUAUAAACACCUAUUUCCGGGGUGUCGGCGUUUCAGGUGCUCAUGCAUCGCCGUGGUGCUGCCAUGGUAGGAAAGCUGAGCUUUGAUCAACGUGUUUUUUUGGUUUGUUCUCCGUAAAAUGUUCCCAAACUUUUGAAGUUUUGGGUCGGAGUUUUGGAGCGUCUUUUUCAGUUUGUUCUGCCAUAAUGUGUGCACUCUUCUUCUGUGUUUGCUCGCGGGAUGUAAACAGGGAGCACUAUUGCCCCCAGCACAUCCUGUAGUGCACUGCAGUUAUAGAUGAGCAUGAGGCGCCGGCAUGUGAUUCUUAACAACAAUAACACGAUGCGUCGACGCUUCGUUUUCGUGUCGAUGAAUUUGUCGUGUCGACGUAAUCGAUUACGUCGACUAAUCAUUGCAGCCCUAGUGGAUAGUAUGAACAUUGAUAAACAGGUUGACUGCUUUACUGAUUAUGUCAACUUCUGUAGAGACACAGUUAUACCCACAAAGACUGUUCGCUGUUUCCUCAACAACAAACCCUGGAUCACAAGAGACAUAAAAGCAAUCCUUAACCAGAAAAAGAAAGCUUUUAAAGAUGGUGACAAAGAAUGACUCAAACAAGUGCAACAAGAGUUGAAGAGGAGACUGAAGAUGGCAAAGCUGGAGUACAAAAGAGAAGAUAGAGAAGAAUCUACAACACAGCAACAUCCGUGAAGUGUGGAGAGGAAUCAGUACCAUCUCUGGACACAGCAAUAAAAAGAAAAUACAGCCAGUGGUGGGUGAUGUGAAAAGAGCUGAUGAACUCAACCUGUUCUUCAACAGAUUUGACACUGCUGUCACUCCCACUUCCACUGCUACUCCACCUUCCUCUCGGCAACAAAUCUCCACUACAACUUCUCCCCUUCCUCCUCAAUCUUGUUCAAAUGUCUCAACCACUUCAACUGCCUCCCUCCGAGAACACCAGUCCUUGUCUGUCACUGAAACAGGGGUGAGGAUGGAGCUCGGAAGACUUUGUCCUGGGAAGGCAGCUGGUCCAGAUGGCGUGUGUCCAAGGCUGCUUAGAGACUGUGCUGCAGAACUGUGUCAACCUCUCCACAAGAUCUUCAACCUGAGUCUACAGCUGGUGUGGGUACCUGCUCUGUGGAAAACAUCCUGCAUUGUGCCAGUACCAAAAACAAAAUGUCCUGCUGAACUCAAUGACUAAAGAACAGUGGCCCUCACUUCACACAUCAUGAAAACCCUGGAGCGGCUGAUUCUACGCCUUCUAAGGUCUGAGGUCAAAGACAAACUGGACUCCCUGCAGUUUGCAUACAAAGAACACAUUGGAGUGGAUGAUGCUGUCCUUAACAUGCUUCACCGUGCCCUGUCUCAUCUGGAGAAACCUGGGGUUUAUGUGAGGAUCAUGUUCUUCGACUUUUCAAGUGCUUUCAACACCAUCCAACCCACCAUACUCAAAGACAAGCUCACAGAGAUGGGAGUGGAUCCUGUGUUUCCUGGGUCACAGAUUACCUGACGGGAAGGCCACAGUUUUUCAGGCUGGGGAACUGUGUUUCUGGGACAUUAAUGAGCAGUACAGGGGCUCAACAAGGGACAGUGCCGGCGCCAUUCCUGUUCACACUGUAAACAUCAAACUUCAAAUACAGUACUAAGUCCUGCCACAUUCAGAAAUACUCAGAUGACACCGCUAUUGUGGCAUGUAUCAGAAAUGGACAAUUGGACUGAAUACAAAGAUCUAAUAAGAGCCUUCAGUGACUGGAGUCACAAAAACUGUCUCCUUCUCAACACCUCAAAGACAAAGGAGAUGGUCAUAGACUUCCGCAGAUCCAAACCCCCUCUUCAGCCAGUGAACACCUGUGGAGUGGACAUCGAAGUGGUGACAUCAUAUAAAUACCUAGGUGUACAUCUGGAUAAUAAGUUGGAUUGGUCUAAGAAUAUGGACUACAUCUACAGAAAGGGGCAGAGCAGCUUCUUUUGCCUGAGAAGACUCUGAUCAAUAGACAUCUGUAGUAAGAUGCUGCAGAUGUUUUAUCAGUCUUUGGUGGCAAGUGUGCUGUUCUAUGCUGCAGUCUGCUGGGGAGGAAGCAUCAAACACAAAGAUGCAAGAUGUCUUAACAAACUGGUGAAAAAGGCUGGCUCUGUGGUAGGACUCAAGCUGGACUCAGUGGAGGAUGUGGUGGAGAGAUCUACACUGAGGAAGGUGGAGUCUAUUCUAAAGAACAUGGAUCACCCACUUCACAACACCUUGAUGGACCAAAGGGCCAAUGGUGGUGGACAGCUCCUCUCUUUACUGCAGGACAGAAAGAUUUAGAAGAUUUUUUGUACCAACAGCCAUCAGGCUUUAUAACUCUUAUGUAAAUAAUAGAUAACUUUUAUAGACAUAUUACAUGAGACAACAGACAAUUGAAUGUCCCUUCGGGGAUCAAUAAAGUUCUUCUUGUUCUUUUUCCUCUUCUUCUUCUUUAUAUGUGUUUCAAAUAUUUGUGUUGACAGUCCGCAGCAGUGCAUCAUGGGAAAGCUCGUUCCGUCUGACGAGGGAGAAAGAGGAGGAGGAGGAGGAGGAGAUGGAUGAUGAGGAGGAUGAUGAGGAUGAAGAGGAGAGGAAGAGCAGCGAGAAGGAGCAGAGUCCAGCUGUGAAGAGGAGCAGGAGAGAGGAGACAUCACAGCUCCCCCCCUCCUCCUCCAUUAUAACCACCUCCUCUCUCACUCUGACCUCCUCCCCGUCCUCCUCCUGUCCCUCUAUCACCACCUCCCUCACCUUACAUCCCACAGCCACCUCCUCCUCUGUCACACCUCUUUUAUCCAGCUCCUCCUUUGUGUCUUCCCUCCCCUCAACCACCUCCUCCACCUCCACCUUUCCUUCUACAUCUGUAACCAUCUCUGUCUCCUCUAGCUCCUCCUCAGUUGUCUCAUCCCCCACCUCCUCCUCUCUACCCUCCAUCUCUCCUCCUGUCUGUACUUCAUCUACCCCCUCUUCCUCCUCUGCUCCUCCUCGGCCCAGUCCUCCUCCUGACCCACCUGUUUGUGCCAAGAACAUUUCUCUAACGGCGAGUGGAGAGAAAGUCAUUCUCUGGACCAGGUAUGCCUCCUGCUGAUGGAGCACAUUCUGUUAUCUAUUGUCAUCUCUUUGUUUCUCCUCCUCUCUGCAUCUUCAUUCUCCUCCUUUCUUCUCCUCUUUUCUCUACUCUUUAGCUCCCUAUUUCUCCUUCCAUCACCUCCUAUCCCCCUUUCUCCUCCUCUUUUAUGCCCUCUGUUCUCCUCUUUGCUUUUGUCUCCUUGCUCCACCUUCCUGUAUCAUCAUCAGUUCUCUUCCUUUUGCUCCUCUUUCCGUCUUUUUUCUCCUCCUUUCUUUCUCAUGCCCCUCUCUCCUUCCCGCCCCUCUUGUCCCCCUCCUGUUUGAGAAGCGGCGAAUUUUAAAGUUCUUUUAUUUUUAUUUAUUUUCUUCAGAGAAGCUGAUCGGGUCAUUUUGACGACAUGUCAGCAGGAAGGAGCCAAUCAGAACACGUUUCAGGCCAUCUCUACUCUGCUCGGCAACAAGACUCCAAGUGAGGUGAUUGGCCGCUCAGUCUUCAGGUACUCUGUGAUUGGUUGUUUUUUAUGAAAUGUUUGUUAACUCAUCCUUCCCCCUCCAGGUCUCACGCAGGUUUCGGGAUUUGAUGCGUUUGUUUCGGACAGCAGCACGCCACACUAGCUCUGAGGACGAAGCUCUGCCCACUGAGCCAUCAGCAGCCAAUGGGAAAGAAGACUGAUACAGACCGACCAGCGGCGCCAUAGCUGAGACGGUGGGAGGACACUCUCUAACAACAUUCCAAAGACUUUUAUUGUGAAAUGGUUUAUUAGAGGUUACUGUUGAUGUAAAUAUUUGAAGAAUAAAUUAUUUAAUAUUUUUGUCAAAUGUGUUUUUAUAUAUUUUUUUAGAUUUUUUAGAAUAUAUUUUAUAUCAGACCACAUCAGACCUGGUCGGAGUUUCAGUGUUUGAAGUGAAGCUGUCGAGUUCAGGACAGAACACAAAGAGCUGGAAAGUUCCUCCUGAGUCGAUUUCUGUGUGGGUGACCCCUUAAAGGUGGGGUAGUCAGGAUCUGAGGAAGUUCCAGCUUUUAGGAGUAAUCUUGAAUGUAAACUCUACUCCUCCCAACCAGUUUUCCCCUCAGCUCCUCUUCUCCCCUCCC